AUGAAGAUAAUCAUCAUAGGCGCAGGCCUAGCCGGUCUGACAGCCGCGUACCGCCUCGCCCAAUCCGACCACAAAGUCCAAGUCCUCGAGCGCCACAAGACACUAACCCCCCGAGGUGGGGAGAUGAACGUCCGGCCCUCAGCGACCCGCAUCAUCCUGCAGUCAUGGAAGGAGGGCGACAACAUUCCCUCCUCCCUUGCCAAAGCCCUCUCCGCGGCCGCAACGCCCACCCCACAUGCCCUCCUCCGCGACGCCACCACCGGCCGCGUGCGCAUGCGUAACAUUGCCGUGGACGCCAGCGACAGCCCGGAUUGGGGCAUCACGCGACAGGACGCGGUGCAUGCACUGUACGAGGCUGCUAUAAAAGCAGGGGCGGAGGUGCGGUUUGGAGUGGUGGUUUCGGGUACUGACGAGGGGCAGGACAAGAGGUUCGAGAAAGAGCUGACGGCGGACUUAGUGCUGGCUGCAGAUGGGAUUCGGUCUGCAACUAGGCGUGCUGUGCUGGCGGAUCUAGGGUGUGAGACGGAGCCUGUCAUCAGCCGGACCACGCUGUACGGUGUGCAUGUCGACGACGCGGCGCUGGCGUUGCGGGCUGGUACGUCGCGACUGACAGACCAGGAGAAUAUCAAUGUGUGGACAAAGGGGAGGAGUAGCAACAGCAGCAGUGGUGAGGGUGGCUUUGUAGUAACCCGCCACAACACAAAACGAAACUCGGUAGGCCUCCUCUUCGGCAUCGACACUGCCGAGACCGACCAGCGCAGCCUGUGGGACGAACAAGGCGACAUCGACCUCGUCCGCCACUCCUUCCGCGGCGCAUGUACCGAGCUCGUCCAGGCCCUGGAUGCGGCGACGUCGUGUGACAGGUGGCGGCUGGCCGAGCUGCCUGACCUCCCACGGUGGACGAGCAAGGGAGGGCGGGUGUUGCUUCUGGGGGACUCGGCGCACGCGAUGCACCCGAAUGCUGCGCAGGGGUUCUCUCUGAUCAUUGAGGAUAUUGCCGUGCUGGACUUCUUAUUGCGGCUGCUUGGGGGCCGCGGGGCCGAACAAGACGACGGCGUCGUCUCACAGGUCGCGAGGUGGUGGCAGGAGAUCAGGAGGCCGCGGGUCGAAAGGAUCAAAGCGUAUGCACGCUGGAACACGGCCAUGUUCUCGGGCGGCUUGCCGAUCCCUGAACAGGAUGUCGAGAGGCGGGCUGUCAAGAGUCUUAGGGAUGUUGUGCCCAAUCGGGAUGCCAGUUUCCACUCGUCUGCUUUCUUAAAGUGGGCUUUGGAUUAUGAUGCGAUUGCUGAGGUAAGAAGACCUAUCUGUUGCCAUUGA